UCAGAUAUAUUCAUGGCCCCAAGUAAGGUCUUAAGAUGGUUUGGCAAGUCCAAGAAUGAAGAAAUUAGUUUCGAAUACCAAAAAUCAAUGUCACGUAAACCCUAUAAAGUUAGUUGGGUGAAACCGCAUGAAACCAGCGAACGUGAAAUUAGAUAUAAUAGUUUUGGCCGAGGUUCGAUAAAUUACCGUGCGGAAUUUGACCUCGCAGAAUGGAAAAAACACAUUUCUCCCCCUCCAGUUAAACAAUCGCAAAUUGAUAAACCUCUUCGAAAUAGCGCCGCAGACCCAAGGAGGUUUGGAAUAGUAGAGCCUUUACUUAACGAAAAAUUGAACAAAAAAAAUUUGCGCCGUUUCAACAAAAUGGAGAAUGGAAUGUUUCAAUCGGAUAGAGAAUUUGAUGAUGAUGAUGAUACCUUUUAUGAUGAUUUAAGUUCAGACGAAUUAAAGUCACCUGCGGAGGAAAAAAAGCGACGAACCAAGUGCUCAACUUGCAAAGGUCCAAUAGUAGAAUUCGGCUAUUUCACGCAAUGGUGUACCCCAUGUCAAUCCAAAAUCUUUGAGGAAAAUUUUGGAACUUGGACGAGCGGAAAUGACAAUAUUGAUUCGUUAAUAUUGGAGAGCCAACUGGCUUCAAUGAGUAGAUUCAAUUAUUUAGAGUGGAUACCAUACGAUAGAUUUAGUGAUCUAACAUAUAUUGGGUCGGGUGGGUUUGGAAGGGUAUAUCAUGCUUUAUGGUUAGAUGGACCAUGUGAAAAGUGGGAUCAGAAAAAAUCGCAAUAUGUGAGGUGUGGACAGUGGAAGGUAGCGUUGAAGAGAUUUAAUAACUCCAAAAAUGUGGAUUAUGAAUUUUUUGAUGAGUUAAGCAAAUUACUUCGCACCGAUAACAAUAGCGGAGUAUUCAUCACUCGGUGCCAUGGUAUUACCCAGCACCCAAAGACUAAAGACUACAUGCUGGUGACCCAACAUGCUAAGCAUGGAAAUAUUCGGAGAUAUUACCAACAGAACUCUGAAAUAUUGACCUGGGAAAAACGAUUGGACAUAUUAUACGGAAUAGCAACCGGACUCAUGAGAUUACACAAGAAUAAUUUAAUGCAUAAGAACUUACACAGUGGUAAUGUAUUGAUGCAUUUCUCAAAGAUAUUGUUGGGAGAUUUCGGGAUUGAGUAUCAAGUAGAGAAUGUUAACUCAAAGAUACUAGAUGAUAAAGAUGAAUUGUACAUGACAUUGGGAGAAUGGUUAUCGAAAGUGAUGUUUGUGCCAGGAAGUUACAUAUCGAGACAGUUCAAGGAGGCAGAUGAGAUGAAAAUAAGGAAGCUUGAGCGAAGGAAAACUACUUCUCAAAAGAAAUAUGUAAAUGAGAGUACGCAUCCAAAUGCAGUAUACACGAGUAGUUUUAUCAACUUUAAGAGACUACAUUUGCCGAACAUAAUAUUCACACGGACUGGUGAAAAGAGCGAACACUUUGAGGUGAAGAGAUAUAUGGCUGAAGAGUGUAUCAAAGGUGAAAUCAAGGUGGAGAUGAUUAAGAUGGAGAGCACUGAUGUGGCGGCCGAGGUUUACGAAAUUUUGAAUUACUUAUGA